GCCGUUCGCCUUCGCAAAGAUGCGCUGUCAUGUUUGUUCGCAAGUUUUCGAUAUUGCAGUUCAGCUAUAAAAAGAACAAACUUGCUCUACUAUUCAAAAUCCGAAGGCGUUCAAUUUCUCUCUCGAUGUUAGCAACAAAUAUUGAAUUCGUCGGUGAAAUUUAUCUUUUUUUCCACGAGUUCGCGCAAGAUAUUCAUGAUCGAACCCUAGCUCGAGUCCAGUGUGGAGUAGAGAAAUGUAUUUCUCCACGGAGGUCGGCAGCCCAGUUUCAACUUUUGCAUUUUAUUCAAAACCAAAUCAACCGGAACGGAGGGACAAGAGGGCAACGAUCCUGCCACCUCAUUGGACGAUCGUAAAAAAGUUUCCAGGUGCCUCUCGCCUCUACCUCUCUCGAUUACUCGAAGCUAGGAAUCAACUCCAUGGCGACGAAGAGCUGAGACAGAGAAUGGAGGAUCGCUCGGACUCGCCUUCGAAGCGACGAGGAACGAGAUGCGACGCGCGUCCCGAAACCGACGCCCACCGAUACGCGUCGCGGGAGCGAGAGGCGGUGUUGUAUCUGGAACGAAAAGGGAUUCGCGACAUCGUGGAUUCCCUGCUCGGCGAGCUCCUGCUGCGCCGACCAGACGAUCCCUACGAGCAUCUCACUCGACUCCUGGACAGACGCAUCUUGACCCGCGACGGCCUCGUCGAUUCUCCUCCUCCCUUUUCCUCCCGGUAGAUCAACAUCUUCCCUCGUGUAAUCGCGAUGCGUGUACACGUGACGAUUACAGAGCGAUUUUCUAGGGACGUGAUAAGACGAGCGAGGCAAGUCGGUCCAGCUGCAACCCUCGGAUCAACGCUAAAGAACGAGGGAGGAGCCCUCGAGUGAGAGAAACGCCGCCGAAACCCACUUGAACUCGUUUUGAACACGU